CAGAGAGCCGCAAAGAACUGUCGCUUUGGGGCACAAGUCUCUUGCCGUCUUCACGAGGAUUCUGCAAUGUCCUCGGCGAUGCAGCAGUUCUCAGGGCUGUCAGCGUGGUAUUUGCCGAUGUGAGAACGGUACAUGAUCUGUAAUGGGAGAGAGAUGGUCUUGGCGGCUGACUGGAGGCUGAAAGGCCUAACUGUAGUCAAGUGGGCACAGAACAAUCGAUUUCUUCCCCCUCCAACCGGUCCAAGAAGCAUUUGCCGUCGGAAAGGAACCGACGAGUGUCAGCUAUGAUCAUGGGGAUCGCUGCACUCUGCCCCCGUUACUCCGCCCGACGGGUUCCGUCUCGUCAUCACCGUCGCAGACAAGAAGAAUCCCGAGCGCAGACGGCGCACGAAGCACUCAGACGCAGUGGGUGCUUCGCAGGGUAAGACGGGCGUAUAUUAGGGUGAGAACAGAUGCGGACUGAGUCUCACCAGUCAACCUCGACAUCCAGCCCAUCUCCAACCCGCUAUGUCGACCACCACCCGCUCUGUGUUCAUCACCGGUGCCAACCAAGGCCUGGGCUACCACACCGUGCACCAGCUCGCGCAGACGCCGAACAUGGUUCUCUUCAUGGGCGC